CGCGGUGUCAAUCUGUCGCGAGGCACACCAUCCAUCAUCACUAGUUAAUGCCCAGGCAAGGCAAUUUUGCUCCAGGCCUCCAGCCAAACACAAGCAGGCCCUGAGUACCAGGCAGCAGGUCAGGUCAGGUGGGCAAGUGACACUUGCAUCUGAAACAGCUCCAGACAACUCUCUUCUCUUCUUCUUCUUCCGGUGGAGUCCCGCGAAAUGCUCCAGGUUCCCGUCAGUGGCUCAAGAAAUCGCUCCCGGGUUUAAGGGAGCACAAAGGGAAAAUUGUCCUGGGGUUAGGUAAAAAAGAAGAAGGACAUGGCUGACAUUGAAGCUGGCGGCAAGCCAGCCACUGAGUCUGACACUGCAACAUUGAUCCCAAACAGUGGAAACCUAGAAGGUUCAAGCAAGGCCACAAAGACCUGCAGGUUCAAGGACGACGACGAGGUCGUCGAGAUCACGCUCGAUGUUCAGCGCGAUUCAGCGUCGGUCCAAGCUGUCAGGCCGGUGGCCGCGGAGGCUGCGGUGGCCGCCGCGAGGAAGAGAUAUGACAGAAGCAAGAGCACCGCUGCAGUGGCGCUCAAGGGCUUGCAGUUUGUGACGGCGAAAGUCGGCUCUGACGGCUGGGCCGCCGUGGAGAAGCGGUUCAACCACCUGCAGGUUGAUGGCGUCCUGCUCCGUUCCAGAUUUGGGAAAUGCAUUGGGAUGGACGGGUCCGACGAGUUUGCGGUGCAGAUGUUCGAUGCGUUGGCGAGGAAGAGAGGGAUCGUCAAGGAGGUGCUGACCAAGCCGGAGCUCAAAGAGUUCUGGGAGCAACUCAGUGAUCAGGGUUUCGACAACCGUCUCCAAACGUUCAUCGACAUGGUUGACAAAAAUGCCGAUGGGAGAAUCACAGUAGAGGAGGUCAAGGAGAUUAUCGCCCUCAGUGCAUCAGCAAACAAACUUUCCAAGAUCAAGGAGCGCGCUGAUGAGUACGCAGCACUCAUCAUGGAAGAGCUUGACCCUAAAAACUUGGGCUACAUAGAGCUCGAGAGCUUGGAGUCGCUCUUACUGCAGACACCAUCUGAAGCCGUUGCAAGAUCGACCAUCACCCACAGCUCCAAGCUCAGCAAAGCUCUUAGCAUGAGGCUCGCGCCUAGCAAGGACACAAGCCCACUUCGCCACUACUGGUUGCAGUUUACCUUCUUUGUAGAGGAGAACUGGAAGCGCAUAUGGGUCGCGGCUCUCUGGAUCUCCAUCUGCAUAGCCCUUUUCGUUUGGAAGUUCAUCCAGUACCGCAACCGAGCUGUAUUUAACAUCAUGGGCUACUGUGUGGCCACUGCAAAGGGUGCCGCCGAGACCCUGAAAUUCAAUAUGGCCCUCGUCCUUUUUCCUGUCUGCCGAAAUACAAUCACUUGGAUCCGAUCGAAGACAAAGAUUGGAGCUGUUGUACCCUUCAAUGACAACAUAAACUUCCACAAGGUAAUAGCAGCAGGGGUUGCAGUUGGUGUAGUUUUGCAUGCAGGUGCCCAUCUGACAUGUGAUUUUCCUCUCCUGCUCCAUGCAAGUGAUGCAAAAUACGAACCAAUGAAGCCUUUCUUUGGGGAGACAAGGCCACCAAAUUACUGGUGGUUUGUAAAAGGAACUGCGGGGUGGACAGGUAUUGUCAUGGUAGUGCUCAUGUCAAUAUCCUUUGUGUUAGCCCAGCCAUGGUUCCGACGUAACAAGCUCAAGGACACUAAUCCACUCAAGAAGAUGACUGGUUUCAAUGCCUUCUGGUUUACACACCACCUGUUUGCUAUUGUGUAUGCACUGCUCAUCGUACACGGAACAAGUCUGUAUCUGACCAAGGAGUGGUACAAGAAAACGACAUGGAUGUAUAUCGCUUAUCCUGUCUUCCUAUAUUCAUGCGAGCGCAUCGUUCGGUUAUUCAGGAGACAUGAUUCAGUUAAGAUUCAGAAGGUUGCGGUAUAUCCUGGGAAUGUGUUGGCUCUUUAUAUGUCCAAGCCACCUGGUUUCAAAUACCGGAGUGGGCAGUACAUCUUCAUAAAUUGCGGCGCUGUAUCUCCAUAUGAAUGGCAUCCAUUUUCCGUUACAUCGGCACCAGGAGAUAAUUACCUCAGUGUCCACAUUCGCACAAGGGGUGAUUGGACUUCUCGGCUUAGGACUGUCUUCUCUGAGGCGUGUCGGCCUCCCACUGAUGGAGAAAGUGGACUCCUUAGAGCUGACCUCUCCGUGGGAAUCACUGACAGCAACGCAAGAUUCCCUAAACUUAUGAUCGAUGGACCAUAUGGUGCUCCAGCACAAGAUUACCGGGAAUACGAUGUGCUGCUGCUCAUCGGACUUGGCAUCGGAGCCACCCCUUUGAUCAGCAUUGUGAAGGAUGUGCUUAACCACAUCCAGCGUGGGGGAUCGGUUGGCGGAACAGAGCCGGAGGGCAGUAGCAAGGGAAAGAAGAAACCAUUCAUGACCAAGAGGGCCUACUCCUACUGGGUCACAAGAGAGGAAGGCUCCUUUGAAUGGUUCAGAGGGGUGAUGAACGAGGUGGCCGAGAAGGACAAGGAUGGGGUGAUUGAGCUCCACAACCACUGCUCGAGCGUGUAUCAGGAGGGCGAUGCUCGUUCCGCGCUCAUCGUCAUGCUCCAGGAACUCAACCAUGCCAAGAAGGGGGUUGAUAUUCUGUCCGGGACCAGCGUCAAGACCCACUUUGCCAGGCCUAAUUGGCGAAGCGUCUUCAAGCGUAUCGCGGUCAACCAUGAGAACCAACGCGUUGGGGUUUUCUACUGCGGCGAGCCUGUUCUUGUGGCGCAGCUGCGGCAGCUGUCGGCAGACUUCACCCACAAUACAAACACAAAGUUUGACUUCCACAAGGAGAAUUUCUAAUUAUAUAUACUAUAUGUAGCUGAUGUAAGAGCAUGUCUAUGUAUGGUCUGCAACAUAAUAAGGUACAGAAAUAGUAAUACAGGUUUUCAUUUGGACCGGUUUAGACACUUUA